AUCUUGUCUCGACCCACGCGAUUUCUUCCGUGGGAAAGGCAUCCGGGAAGCGCCGCCGAUGCUUCCAUGAGAAGGGACGGGAUGGCUCUUUUCCCGGCUUUCGCGGGCGCUGCUAAACCCGGGGAGGCGCCAGCGGGCGAGACCGAGGGCUCCAAGAGAGAAUUGAACUGGCUAACCAACCCGAGCUUCUGCAGUGAAGAUGCUCUGAGACUACACCAGCAUGCUUUAAAGGCCACAGACCUUGCCUUGGACACAUCCCUGCCCCAAAGAACAACCUCCAGCUUACAGACAUUGGGAGAAAGUGAAGUCAGCGAAAGUGUCCAAAAACCAACUAAGAAAAGAAAGAAAAAGAAAAAACAACGAGACCACAAGAAAGUAAAAAAGAGAAGUAGAAAGCAUCAGGGAACAAGUGAAUCGGAAUCAGAUGCUGAUGAUGUGAAAGACAAUAGAAAUAAUGAAAAAGAAGCAGAACUGAAUUUAGGAGACAAAGCUUCAAAUGUGAGCAUUCACUCCAUCUGGCUAGAUGAUGUUCAGGGUGUGACAGCAGAGGUAUUCAGAACAGAUAAGAAACCAGAUCCUGCCAACUGGCAGUAUAAAUCUCUGUAUCGAGGGAACAUUGCAAGAUACAGGAGAAGAAGCAACUUCUGUCUUGGCAUUGAUCCAAGGAGGCAACAUAUUGCCUGGGAGAGUUCCUCAGCGGAGAAGAAGCCCUCCCAUAAGGGGCCUGAGCGUUACUUUUCCAAAGGUGGUCGGAAGCUGUUGAACGCGGAUGGCAUUCCCAUCAGCACAAAAAGUCAAGGCCCUUUGUCUGGCCCAACUGCUUGGAUACCCAUUUCGGAGCAGGACUCAGCUGAUGUUCUGGCCACAGGCUGGGCGAAUCCUCUUGGGAUUUAUGAUCCAGGGACCACAUUGUGGCUGCAAGGGAAGGGCCCCCCUGAGCACGAUUCACGAAAGCCACAGGAAGCACAAGAAAGCUCUGAGAAUGGGGACUCCCGCCUCCUGGCCAAAGUGGAGGACUAUAACAGGAAGGUCAGAGAGGACCCUGGAGAUAUCAAAGCAUGGAUGGAUUUUGUUUCUUUUCAGGAUGAAGUAAUGAGAGGCCCCAGCUGCUAUGCCAUCAGUGAGGGAGAACGGGAAACGAGGAAGGUGUCGCUCAAGCUCGUCUUGCAGAAGAAGCUGGCCAUUCUGGAAAAAGCUAUUGAGAGCAACCCAAACAACCCCGACCUGAAACUUGCCAGGCUCAAGCUUUGCACGGAGUUUUGGGAGCCGUCGGCUGUGAUCAAGGAAUGGCAGAAAUUGGUGUUCUUGCAUCCAAACAACCCGGCCCUGUGGCAGAAAUAUCUCCUGUUCUGCCAGAGUCAGUUCAGCACCUUUGCCGUUUCCAAAGUUCACAGUCUCUAUGGGAAAUGCCUGAGUACUUUGUCGGCAGUGCAUGAUGGCAGUAUGGUGUCUCAUCCAGCCCUGCCGCACACAGAGGAAGCCAUGCUAGCCAUCUUCCUUCAGCAGUGCCAUUUCCUCCGGCAGGCUGGCCAUUCGGAGAAAGCAAUAUCGUUGUUCCAGGCCCUGAUUGACUUCACCUUCCUGAAACCAGAUAGCGUAAGGGAACUGCCAACAAGGCGGCAGGUGGAGUUCUUCGAGCCGUUUUGGGACAGUGGCGAGCCUCGGAUUGGAGAAAAAGGAGCGAAAGGCUGGAAGGCCUGGAUGCACCAACAAGAAAAGGGUGGUUGGGUUGCCAUCAACCCACCUGAUGAAGAUGAGGAAGACGCGGAGGAGGAGGAAGAAAUAAAGGAUAGAUCUCUACCCAAGUGGCAAAACUGGCUUCACGUUGAACGUUCUCGUGAAGGAAGGCACUGGCUGCCUUGGCGGCCGGACAAAACCAAGAAGGAGACAGUAGAUGAUUGUGAAGAUCCAGAGAGACAGGUCCUAUUUGAUGACCUUGGUCCAUCGCUAAUACAAAUUUCCAGCCCAGAUCUUCAGUUUCAGCUGCUCUGCUCAUUUCUGCAAUUCUUAGGCGUCCCAUGUGGAUGCAGCCUCCUUCCUUCCUUCCUCUACACAGCGAUGGACAAGAACAACAUCUUUGAGGAUGGGCAGCAUGGCCAAGGACCUCUGACUACUUUUGACUUGUCACUUCCUGGAGUCAGUAGAAUUGGCCAGAUGGACUCAAUGUUCCAAGGGGUUAGACAUAUUGGCCACCCCAAAGAAGGGGAGGAGUUCAUACAGAAUUUCUUUCAUAUGAUUCUGCCUCUGCUUUCAGGAAAAGAAAAAUCCAGUCUAUCCAACUUUUGGCUUCAGUAUGAAGUCUCUAAGGUUAUUCAGUGUUUGGAAACGGGCAACAAAAAGAAACUGAAAUGGCAAGGGAAGAGAAGUAAGAAAUUAGCCAAGAACCUUCUUAAGACCCAUGAGAACAGAAACAAUGUCUCCCUUUGGCGACUCUACGCCUACCUGGAGUGGUUGCUUGGCAAUGUGGAAGAUGCUAGGAAAGUUUUUGAUAUGUCUCUGAGCACAGCUGGAACGGCUGGGAUCCAGAACUCGCAGCUCUGUAAUCUGGGCCUGCUUUAUGCUGAACUGGAAGCAGAGUCGCUGGGGAGCCUGGAGGGAACGCUUGAGUCUCGCGCCGUUCACAUAUUGACCAGGCUGGCUGAGCAAGGACCUUACAUGCCGUACAGUGGACAAACAUUAUCCGUGAACAUUUUGAGAGCUCGGAAAACAUACGAGCAUCUUCUCCAGGAUUACUUGAGCGAGAGAGCCGCCUCUAAACAAGAACAGAUCUGCGGCUCUGACCACCUCGUUGGCUUGGUUGGUUGUUACACCCUUUUCCAGUAUUUGACUCUCGGGAUUGAUUCUGCAGUGUCAAUAUACAGGCAGGUUUUUGAGAAGCUGGAAGGCGAAAGUUCUGGCGGUCAGAACUGCGCCGCCACCCUUGAAGCUGUCGCACUGAUGCAUGUGCAUUUGCUCAGAUACCACAUGAGAACGAGCAUCUAUCCUUUGGCUCCCCUCCGUGAAGCACUGCUGGAGGCUUUGAAGAGGUAUCCUAGCAACCAGCCUCUCUGGAGGGCAUAUAUCCAGAUCCAAAGCAAGUCGCACAACGCUAGCAAAGCGCGGCGUUUUUUUGAUAGCGUUGCAAGGGCUGCAAAGUCGCUGGAGCCAUGGCUGUUUGCAAUCAAAGCUGAAGAGAUGAGGAAAAAGCUUGUGGAAAGUGUCCAAAGAGUAGCCACUGGCGAUGUGUACGCAACCAUCCCUGAAACUGGGUUAACCAAUCGAAUCAGAGCUUUAUUUGAACAUGCCAUUGAGACUGAAAACGGUGCUCAUUGUCCAUUGCUUUGGAGGCUAUAUAUAUACUUUAUGGUUUCUUUAGGAGAUAAAGGAAAAAGUAAAGGGGUGUUUUACAGAGCGCUUCAAAACUGCCCCUGGACAAAGGUGCUGUAUAUGGAUGCUAUAAGCUAUUUUCCAGAUGAGCUGCAAGAGAUCCUUGAUCUAAUGACCGAGAAAGAGCUGAGAGUGCGGGUACCAAUUGAAGAGCUGGAGCUGCUCCUGGAAGACUAGAGAAUGAUGUGAAGGCAGCAAGUGGGCCUUGGCUUGAGCCUUCAGUCUCUACCCCUGGAGAGAAAAUAAUUCUACACUUCCUUUAACACAUGAGAAACUAUUUUUCAGCACCACUAUCUUGUGAUUGGUUUUCCCAGUGCUGUUAAGUGCUCUUGUGCAGCAAACUGCCAAGAUGGGUGACUCGAUCUGUUGCUGUUGUCGGACAUCGUCACAUGCAUUUGUGUGACUAUGCAAUAGCCAAAGGACAAGCCAUUGUCUCUCAGCUGAUUGAUGCACGAACACAUGAUCAGAAUAGUUUUAUAGGUCGUACGGAACACAAAAAUGUGCACUUGCGUGACGACUCACGUGAUGUUUUAGGCAGCGAAGCCUCGUGUAACCAAAUUUUUAUUGGUUUGUAAAUGGCAGAGGAUGUACAUAUGCUUGUAAAGGUACAUAAAAUAUUUUUGAACUGGA